GGUGUUUCAGUAAAUAAUAUGUGACUCAAAGCAGUGUUUUGCCAGUUCACAUUGCACUGUGCACAGUAAUUCCGACAAAGUGAGACCUUAUUUUCUUUCUAACCUAUCUUUGCUGCCAACUGCACCCUUCAAAACGAGACCUGGCUAUUUUUAGACAACGCCGUACAGUCCAUGGGUCACACACAUUUGACAGCGAUUAUUUAGGCUCUAAUAACCCGACCACACCAUGCUACACAUUUAAAAAAACACAUCACUGAGUCAAAAAUGUUAUUCAGAUUCGGCGUCAUUCUCACGCCGGAAUCUUCGGAUGUAGAGGUGUUUGUUUUGGGUUCGCGUGAGGAAAUGGGCCACUGGGACCCGAACCGAGCGGUUCAAAUGAAGGCUUCGCAGAAACUCCCGUCGCCGGAUGAACCGAGCCUGUGGAUCGGCGACGUGCAGCUGGCCGAGCCGUUCAGAGACACGCUGUGGUUCAAAUUCGUCCAAAGAGUCAGAGGGACUUACAUCUGGGAAGGGAGCGGUCCGAGCCAUGACCGAUGCUGCUCAUAUGACGAGAGGAACGUGGUGGACGGAGUUCACUGCCACCCAAUCGGCCACUGGAUAGAAGAAACAGGACACACGGAUGAGAUGAAACACACCACCAACUUUUACUUCAGUGUUGCCGGCCAGAAGGCCAUGCAUUUCUCCAGGGUGCUACCACGCAUUUGGCUGGGCAGCUGCCCUCGACAAGUGGAACACGUGACGAUAAAGAUGAAGCACGAGUUGGGAAUCACUGCAGUGAUGAACUUCCAGACGGAGUGGGAUGUGGUGAACAACUCGCAUGGCUGCAGGCGCAACCCUGGGGAAGCCAUGACUCCAGAGACCAUGAUGCAAUUAUACAAAGACUGUGGACUUGUGUAUGUGUGGAUACCCACACCUGACAUGAGCACUGAGGGUCGGAUCAGGAUGCUUCCUCAGGCUGUAUUCCUGCUUCACGGCCUCCUGGAGAACGGUCACACCGUCUACGUUCACUGCAACGCUGGAGUGGGCAGGUCCACGGCAGCUGUGUGUGGUCUGCUCAUGUAUGUCCUUGGCUGGACCCUGAGGAAGGUCCAGUACUUUGUUGCGGCAAGGAGGCCGGCGGUGUACAUAGACGAGGAAGCGUUAGAACACGCUCAGGCAGACUUCAUACUGAAGUUUGGUCAGCAGCGAUCGUCUGUAUGUUACCCAGAGACAUGAGGUCUUCAAAUUUGGUGCGGAAUUAACAGGUAUGGACAGAGCUAAUAGACUUGUGGGGAAAAUGUAAUCAAAAACUAAACACACUAUAUAGAGUGUGAGCUAAGACAGUAAAUAAAUUAAGAGUUAUUUUACUUAAAUUUAAUGUAUGGAAGUGCCCCACUUCAACUGAGGGACUUUUGAAAUGUGGUUGAUCCCCAAGUACCUGGAGAGAGCUCUGCCGGCUGCCAGGAUAGGUGUUGAAAGCAAUUAAUCUUACUCUGAUGUGUUAGCUUUUAACUCUCAGGCAUUUAGCACUUGUAAAUUGUGCACUUGGACUCGGCUGAGGAUAACGUUUCAUUUUCAGUGUACUGUAUGUCCACAGGGGUGUUUGGAAAGACCUUUUCUGUUAGCCUUUUUGUAGUAAUCAAUAAAUAGAGUUGACAUUUAAAGGUAAGAAUGAAAGGACCAUGCCGGGAAUCAAAUAAAGGAAUAAAAACAAAGUAAAGGAUUAUUCCACUGUUUCUAUUGUACGAUGGGGUAAAUUUAAAGAGUCCCCUUUUUAAUUUCACAAGGCUAUCUGUUUUGUAUUGGAGAGAUAAUGCUGCUGACACUCCUCGCCCAAAGCUACAAAUCAAUUCUUAAAACAAUCAUAUUAACAAAGCCUGUCCCUCGUUGUCGGCAUUUGGCUCCCAGACAUCGGAGGAUACCAGUCCACCCCAUCUCUCUCAGACAGCCUGGUACUGCUUCAUCUUUAUUUAUGUAUCUGGAAAAUGCUAUUCUGAACCAUGUCCUAGAUAACAAAAACAACAUCCCUUCUAGAGCAUGUUAAUGCAUGAAUAACAACCCAUUAAGCCUAGAACAUUGUUUGUUUUUUGACUAGACUCGAUACAUUGCAGGGCUCCAGACUGAAUUUUGCAACAAUAUCAUUGGAUAUUUAUUAUUUUCUUAUCGAAAAACUAAAAAUACAUCUAGUUCAGAGAUCUCUAUGUCCAUACCAGUAACUUUGUUCAAAACCUUUUGUUGGAUAAAAACUCAAACUGCUGAGUGGCAAGUAGGCUAGAACUUGUCAUAUGAUGUGGAAAGUCACUAUGAUAAUUUAUUGAAUAUGUACUGUUAUAGCAUACUGAGUAAAAAACAUAACAAGCACGUCUGCCUAGUGGAUCUAGGUUUUAUGGCUAAGGUUAAAAACAACAGCACAUGGUUUUGGUCUGAACUCUUUAAGAGUUUUGGAUCAUAAUAAAGCAAACUCAGCCUCCUAGUUUCUUUCCAUAUGUGCGGUUUGUGGUUAAUCAACUGUGAAUAUUAUAUAAAACUGUAAUUGCACUGUAAUGAGAUUUGCAAACUCAAGCACAAAUCUAUUUAAGUGAGAUAGAUUUGUUAGAUAAGUUAGUUAUUUAAGUUAUAUUUGAGUUUUAUUGUAACUCAUAAACAGCUCUUAAAGCUGUGGUACACUUGUGGUAAACUUAUUGGUAACUAAUGCUAAUAAUCGCAAAACCGAAUAUUAAAAGAGUUAAAGACUUUUCUCCUUUUUGGACUGAGGAGCUGUAUGGUUUAAAAAAAUAAAAAUAAGAGUGAGCAAGAGGGAGCAUUUGAUAAAUUGAAAAAUCCACAAAUACAGUAUCUCUAAAAUUCUGUAUUCUGCCAAGACAAUAUACCUGUGUUGUGCAUAUUCUUUUCAGUUGCCUUGCCCCUUUGAAACUUCACCUUACAUUUGUUUUCUCCACUCCUUUUGGCAGCACAGACCAAUUCUUUAUAUUUGCUUUUUCAUUACGCUGAAUGGAUCCACCAAAGGAGACAAACUAUUUACUACAUUCUUCCUUACAGUAAAAUGAAAAAGGAAAGAAAAGAACUAAAGAGUAACAUCCGUGUAAAUUACAUUACAGGAUAUUGGCUUAAUGAUUAUACAUCUGGAAAAACAAAGGACAGCAAGUGGGAAAGUAUUGACAAUACAUACAUUGCUGUCAUUCCUGACAAUUCUCAAAAUUAAUUAAUCUUGUGUUUUAAGUCUUAAAAUUAGCACUAGUGUAUACGGUCAUGGUUCUGUAUUUCUGUUCUUCCUUGGUUUCCUGUCUGUUGUUACUCCCUGUGACUGCUUCAUCGGUUUCUCCUUGUGUGCUCUCCCCUUAUUAGUUUCACCCGUAUCUCGUCACCCCUAUGUCCACUUGUGUAUAUAUAGCCCCGUCUUUCCCUGUGUUCUGUCGUGUCGUUGGUCAUCUGGAGGGUUUUUGUCAUCCUGCUAUGUUCUUGUCAUUCUCCCAUGUUCGUUUCACCUUGUGGAUUUUCCUUGUGGAUUAAAUACUUUUUUUUUUUUUGAACUGGUG